CCUCCUGCUGAUGGAGACCCCUUGUUUAGCAAAUUAGCCCGUGGCUGAAAGAAAUGGCAGAAGAUGAGAGGAUGCGUGAUGAGCUGCACACCUACGUCACUGUUUCAGGACCGUGGACAGCAUGGAGUCUGGACAGGAUGCUGGGACCUGCUGGCGGCUGAUGGCUACUCCACUCUUGCGACACCUCGGCCACAGCUGGCCUGUGCUGCUUUUAUCAUCGCCAAUGAGCCAAGUGAGGUCAUCACUCUGGAGCUUUCUGACAUCAGUAUCGACCGCGGCACUGAAGAUUUCAUCAAGCUGCCACCUCACAGUCGCAGCCGUUAUUCCCCCCACACUCUGCUUCAGAAAACACUCAACAUGUCUCUGCCUCUGCGUGCACAACUCCUUCUCUUUCUCAUCUCCCUUUCUUCAAAGAUGGGGAUCAGUCGCUACAUCGAGGACUCUGAAUCUUCUGAAGAAUUAGAUUCUCUCUUUGGCGUGGACCAGAAAAUAAAAGAGGAUUUUAUUUACCGCCGACCUUUGAGAUGCUUGGACAUGCUGGCCACUGAUGGCGCCUUCACUUUAGUGGCAUCUCAGCCACAGCUGGCCUGCGCUGCUUUUAUCAUCGCCGAGCCAAGUCAGGUCAUCAGUGUGGAGCUCUCUGACGUCAAUAUUGACUGCAGCGCUGGAGAUUUCAUCAAGAUGUUUGAUGGAUGGGUUCUGAAGGGAGAGAAGUUCCCCAACAGUCAGGACCAUCAGCUUCCACUGCAUCAGCGUUACACAGACUACUGUUCCAAUCCAGCAACAGGAGCCACCAGCCGCUCCUCUCAGAACGUCGCCAUGGUCUUCUUCCGCAUUCACAGCCCUGGCAGUGGAUUCACCCUUGUCGUCAAGAAGAUACACAACCCCUUUCCCUGUAACGUCAUGUCUCAGAGACCAGAGGGCAGUUUCACCAUGGUGUUGCCACACCAGCGCAGGAACUGCAGCUUCUCCAUCAUCUACCCGGUGGAAAUCAAACUGACAGAACUCAGCCUGGGGCAGGCCAAAAGCAAUGAGCUCCUCCCACAGAGGCAGGCGUGGUCGGGCUGUUCAGGGUCAGGUGACUAUGUAGAGCUGCUGGGGGGCAAUGGCAUAGACACCUCCAAGAUGUUCCCUGUAGCUGACCUGUGUUUCUCCCUCAGAGGACUUGCCCAGAUGAAGGUUGGCUGUGAUAAUUCAGUGGUGAGGCUGGUGUCCAGUGGGAACUAUAUCAAUCGUGUCUCCUUUCAGUACCGACUACUGGGACGCAGUGAACUCCCCAAGAAUCGAGAGAACAGUCUGGAGAACUUCUGCUCUCUGGAAUAAGAACACACACGUGCAUAAACACAGAGACUCACACAUAAACACAGCCCUCCACUUCUCUGUAAAUAAACCAGUUAACUAAUAGUAACUUUAAAAGUAUUUUUUGUUUUGUUUUUGCCAGAUAUUUUAUUUUGUGUCUUAACAAUUUUAACUUUUACUAUUUAUUUAAUGUAUUAUUUUUAUUCCUUUAAUAUUCACAGAUGGAUGAUUGCUCUCUCGUUUGUCCUGACAAAUCCCAGCGUCCAUUACAUCUCUUGGCGAGAGCAAGCGUCCCUCUGUUGUUCCUAGUUUGUAUCACUUUCAGUUGCCUUUGGCAGGGUUUUCAUCUCCGCUAUCUCUUGGUUGACAAUCCAAAAAUAAAUAUGACUUGCAUGAUGAA